AGCUGGCGACUCCAGCUCUCCCGGCUGCUGCGGGCAAAGGGAUCUCUGCACACGCAGCGAGGGAACGUCGAGCGGCGGCUGCAGCGUCGGAACUCGCCGCACAGCCUCGAGCGCCCGGGAAGCUCGGGCUGCAACUUGGGCGCCGCCUGAGAAGAGGCGCUGCUGCCGCUGCCGCUGCCGCUGCCUCCGGCCUCUCGGCUCCUCGGAAAGUUACCACAGCUGCUCUGAAGAAGCUGCCGACGCGGAGGAAGGCGAGCCAGCGCGGAUGGGCUGCCUCCCGCUGCUCCGAGGAAAUUAAUUGUGAGAGAAGAUCGAGGGGGAAAUAGGAAGAUAACUGCAAUUCCAGUGGAAGGAAAGGAAGUCAUCACCAGGACACAAGGUCCGUGAAUGCACAUGUUGCUGUAGGUUGCUGGUGUUGCAUCCUCCUGUUCAAGCCUGAUAGCCCCCACUAAACAAAACUAAGGACAAGCUUGGCCAAUAAAAUAUACAUGGGACGUAUAAAACAUUAAAGGUUGAAAGAAACAUUCCAAGAGCUGAGUAGACUUGACUUUCAUCGUGAAGCAAUACCUUCCUAAUGUUGGACCAUAGACCAUUGCUGUGAAGUAGAUGAAAUACAAUUUCCUGCUGAAUCAAAUUAUCAGGGAUUAAUUGGAUUGUGUAGCCUGUACAACCAUGGAAGGAGAUUGUUUGAGCUGCAUGAAGUAUCUGAUGUUUGUCUUCAAUUUCUUCAUAUUUCUGGGUGGUACAUCUCUACUGGGAGUUGGAAUAUGGGUCAUAGUGGAUCCUACAGGAUUCCGAGAGAUAGUGGCUAGUAAUCCUCUGCUCUUCACGGGGGCAUACAUCAUGGUGGCGAUGGGAGCAAUGCUAUUUCUGCUGGGGUUCCUUGGCUGCUGUGGAGCCAUCCGUGAGAACAAAUGCCUCCUUCUCUUUUUCUUCAUGUUUAUUUUGCUAAUCUUCCUGGCAGAACUCUCAGCUGCGAUCCUGGCUUUUAUCUUUAGAGAAAAUUUGACCAGAGAGUUUUUUACAAAGGAACUGAAGAAGCACUAUCAAGGCAACAAUGACUCCGACGUCUUCUCUUCCACCUGGAACUCGGUCAUGAUCACAUUUGGCUGCUGUGGUGUCAAUGGUCCAGAAGAUUUUGAAACGGGACCUCAUCUUCGUCCCCUGUAUUCACACGAUGCAAUUCCUGAAGCUUGUUGCCGACGGGAGCUCCAAUCUCGUAAUGGAGCAUUCAUCAACAAAGAAGAGUGUCUCAGGGGUAAUGAUAUGUAUCAAAACCAACAGGGCUGCUACACUGUGAUACUUAACUCCUUUGAAACGUACGUGUACCUUGCAGGAGCUCUUGCCAUCGGCGUAUUAGCCAUCGAGCUGUUUGCCAUGAUCUUUGCCAUGUGCCUCUUUCGAGGGAUCCAGUAGAAAGCUUUCCAUGACCAGCUGAGCAUAUUCCGACUACACGCUUUGAAGAAAGGAAAGAGAGAAGAUGAACUUUUGUUUUUUCGCUAACAAAGUGGGGGGGAAAGGACUGUAAUAUAUGAAUGACCAAAAGGAUUGUACUUCAGGGGCUGGAACUUUGAGGUGCUGUGCACUAUGUUGUCGUUUCCCAGGACCGUCAUUCAUCAGAAGCCACACACUCUGGGUUGCACUAGGGGCCUACAAGACAGGAAGGGAGUGAGUUCUGGUGGUCUCCAUGAAGCAGGAUGCCGCGUGGGACUCACAUCUUUAACAUGAUUGUGCUACAUCAAUUGGUGAGAAAGUGAAGGAUCCACCCCACCCCCCCAAAAUAUAAGUAGGAUCUGGAUUUAGCAUCCAAAGGGAACUGCUCAGCCAAAGCAUUGUGACGUACACAGGUCAGGCCAGUUUUAAACAACAGUCCUCAGUCAAGAUGGGCAGAAAACUAUCACCUGAAAUAUCAAGAUGCUUCAAGCUUUCUUGUGUCGCAAGGAAUUGAUAAGUUCCUUCACCUGGAAACAUACAGGAGGAGCUGAGCCUGCUGUGUUGGACAAUAGCAGAAGAGGCAUCCUUUUCAAGUCCAGGCGGAGGAUGGAAUGAAAUCAGAAGUUUAAUGCAUACCUUUUCUUUGUCCUAAUGGAUUUUCCGUUCAGUAUUCGGGGGGGGGGGAGAGACUAAGGCAGUUCUACAGCAGACUCCCUCACCGUUUUUUAAUUUAAAAAAAGUGUUCUCAUCUGUAAUUGUUGGUGCUGUCUCCCGUAAGGAGAAAUAAUUAUUUGUUUUGUUUUUAAAGCUUCUGAAUGUUUUGUCACCACCAUGUUGCGUGCAAAUUAUGUUGCCUAGUUUGGCCUUUUGUAGCAAAUGAUUAGCUUCUUGUCUUCAUGUUUCAGUGUGUGCCUUUCAGCUGUGUGGAAAAAAAAAUAUCUCCCAAACGGCAAUGGAAGCAGUUGUCCUUUGCACAGUUUCAUUUGUGACUCUUUUACAUUGCUUAUGUUCUGAGCAAUUCUCACUCAGUACUUCCCAUGAGUUAAGAAAAGUGUGGUGUAGUGGUUAAGAGCGGUAGACUUGUAACCUGGUGAACCGGAUUCGUGUCUCAGCUCCUCCACAUGCAGCUGCUGGGUGACCUUGGGCUAGUCACACUUCUCUGAAGUCUCUCAGCCCCACUCACCUCACAGGGUGUUUGUUGUGGGAGAGGAAGGGAAAGGAGAAUGUUAGCCACUUUGAGACUCCUUAGGGUAGUGAUAAAGCGGGAUAUCAAAUCCAAAAACCUAAAUGGAAUGGCAUAUGCUCUGACCUGAAUCUCUCCCAUCUUUGCUGCCAGAGAUGCAGGUGAGUUGUUAAGACCAUAAUGAAAGUAAUAUGGUGAACAAGUGGCUUAUGGAGACACAAACUGGCAAAGGAAUAUAUGUGGCACCCAGAAGCAGCAGUAGGCAACUGGCAAAAGGACUGGGAUAUGGUGAUACCACAUAGCGUGAGAGUUUGAGAAAGGCAACUAGUGAGGUAUACUGGGAAGCACAUCGAUGAGCAUUUAUCUCAGAAACAGUGGAGCUUGCCCCACUUGAGGCAAGCAAUGAGAAAAUGCUUUAAAUAUAUAUAUAAUGAAUCUCUGCCUAACAAAUGACUUCAAAUGCUGACUUGAAUCUUCGUGUGAUCCUUGACAAUCUCUCCCAUAAAAGGUAUGGUUUUCAUUUGAAUUUAGUUAAAUUCUGCAAGUUGUAGAGUGAGGAAAAUGCGCAGCACAACUGAAAACAAAUGUAACAGUGUUGUUUGCUCCAGCUGGCACCAGCUACCCAGAAACCCUUUAAGGAUUUGUCUCCUCUGACGUUUAAAGUGAGCAUGGUCAGCAUGGCAAUCAUGGCAGACAAGGCAAAAACUUCUUAAGCUAUACCCAGGAAGAGGGUGCAGUGCCAAGUGGGCGAGACCACUGCUCCCGACCUCUCACUUGGGUCUGAAGAGGAGAUUGUGAGCAUUUUUCGCUGAACACUUUUUGCAGUCCUCCCUACCCUCUGGAACGGUGUGUUUUCAACAUUUCUAAUCACCAAGAGGGCUGAAUGUUCAACUGAGCAUGCUUACAAUCCCUGCUCCAGAGUUAUUUUCUCACUGUGGAAAGAAGUUCGGGAUGAAGCAACGUGCACAACCCCACCCCCUCUCUGCCAUUGAGCUUAAGGACACCUGCAGAGAGCUUAUGGCAACUUGAGUCUAGUUUCCAGACAUCACUGUCCUCUUUUAAAAAUUCCAUUGCUGUGGCCUGUGUUCUCCCUUACGGAGACAUUUUCUAUCUCUUGCUCGCAAUUGGUUUUCUCUUGCCUGCUUUCUUCAUUUUCCCUGUUUCUUUAAAGCAGUCAUCUGCACAGCCGUCAUUUUUGGUAAAGAUAGCACGAACAGCUUCAGAGCAUUGUGGAAACUGUUGCUGAGAUGGUCCCUGCCUGGCUAGUACUUCAGUAGUAUCUGUGGCAACUGCAGAUCACCACUAAGGGCUCACCCAGACUUCCUUUUGUGCUGCUUUUCUAGGCAUAGCUCUGCACUUUAAAGCUCUGUGUCAGAACACUUUAUUAUUAUUAUUUUUCUCUAGUGCUUUCCCUGUGAAAACCUGCUCUUUACAGCUGAAACAGAGCAAACAGCAAUCUGCUAAAAACCUGAAUUGCCAUUUGUUCUGAAGCAGAAGAAAGUGUGGGGAAACCAGGUCAAAGAAAAAAAAGCUUGAAAGUAUGGAUUUGUGCCUACAAAGCACAGGGCAAAAGGUCAGUGUGAAUGAGCCCCAACACUGGGAAGGAACCAUUUGAGGGAGUAAGGAGAGUGUUGUGUUCAUUUUCUUGAACACAAGACUUCAAAUAAAAAAUAUUUGCACUUUCAUGGUGUAAAAGGAACAAUCCUUUAUCUGUUUGAUUUUGCGGCUCUUGGGGAACCCAGCCAUAGCCCCCUCCUGCAGGUUAUUUACUUGUUAUCUGGGCUGUGUUAUGGAAAAGAACUCUCUUAGCCAAAUCUCUAAACACACUUUGAGGAAGCUCUGUUGACUCCAUUGCAACUGACUUCCUCAUUUUAGCAUUGCGGGGUUAGUUAGGCUGCAAGCCUGAAUACCAGUGGCGUGCAGUAAAACAUUUUCGCGGGGGAAUGUUUAGGGCCAGAAGCACCAGCUUGCAAGGGCAAUUGGAGGGACCGAUGUCCUGAUGUCACUGUGAGCAUCACACCGUCCUCCCUAAGCUGCGCAGAAGCUCCCUGGGCUUCAGGAAGAAUGCUACCAGGGAAACAUUUAGGGGACUAACCCAGUCACCCUAGUCCACACAACUGCUGAAUACUUGGAAGUUAAUUAACUUCCCAUUUGAAACAUGAACUUCCAAGAAAUUGAAAGCCUAACACUGGAUUCUCAGUGCUGUUCAAGCAGAGACCAGCACUGACUGGGUCCAUCUAGCUCAGGCAUCCCCAAACUGCGGCUCUCCAGAUGUUUUGGCCUACAACUCCCAUGAUCCCUAGCUAAGAGGGCCAGUGGUCAGGGAUGAUGGGAAUUGUAGUCCAAAACAUCUGGAGCAGUGUUUCUCAACCAGUGUGCCUCCAGAUGUUUUGGGACUACAACUCCCAUCAUCCCUAGCUAGCAAGACCAGUGGUCAGGAAUGAUGGGAGUUGUAGUCCCCAAACAUCUGGAGGCACACUGGUUGAGAAACACUGGUCUGGAGGGCCGAAGUGACUGUGAGCAGUUGAGGUCUUGCACAACUCCUAAGCUUUGAAAUGGAACUUGCAAAGAGAGAGAGCUUCACCCUCAAGUUUAUGUCUGUAAUCUGAUUUUGUGAACCUAGAUCCACUCGGUCCCGCCCCCCCCAUCUGUUGUCACUGUUGCAAGUGCCUGGGAAAUGGGCCACUUGAAGUAAAUGUUGAAAUCUAUUUUAAAUGUUCCUUUUAUUAGAAACCUAGAACUAAUUUAACUUGUAUUCCCUAUUGUAAUGCUUUUUUUAUAUUGAAAGGGUUUUUGUAACAUAAAACAGAACACUACGCUGAAGCAAUUCUGCACAGUUUCGAUGUGCAUUUCUUUAGGAAAAUAAAAAUAAAAAGACAAAAAUAAAGACACUAUGAUACCAAAAAU